AUGUGUUAUUGUAGGUUUGAACAAGCUUUUAUCAUAAGUCAUCUCAACGGAGCAAAGCAACCUCUUUGGAUCGGAUUAAACAGUAGACAUAAAUCAGGGGAGUAUGUUUGGGUGGAUGGUAAAUCGUCCAAUUAUUUUAAUUGGAAUCCACGAAUGUUAACAAGAUUCGGUCAUUACAAAUGUGUUGAAAUGACUCACAAUCGUUGGACAGCAGGUGAAUGGAAUCCAGUGGAUUGUUCUAAGUUGAAUGGCUAUAUUUGCGAGUCAGGUUAAUGCUCAUUUUUAAAUUAUAAAUAGUUGAUCAGGCUUGAACACCUGCAUGACAUGGAGCCGGUUGUUCGAAAGCCGGUUAGCUAAUUAAUCCUGGCGUAACGAAAAUUUCAAAGCACAACUUGCCAACAGCUUGCUUAUAAACAUGGAAAUAUAUUUUCCAUAAUUCUUGUCUAAAUCAAUAUAAGUCAAACCAAAAAGGAAGGUUAAAUUUUAACCUGGGUUAACGCUAAUCCAGCUUUGAACAACCGACCCCAACGUUUUUAACAUUUUAACUUCGAUGAAGAUAUUACAAGUGAAGGUUAUUUAGUCUUAAUUCUGACUAUUCAGUCUCAUUGAACUGCAAAGUUGCACCAUGUAGGCCUACCAUGCUGCUUCAUUAUGAACUAGUUAUCGCCUUUGUACUGUAUAUGGUUCCGCAUCCGUCCAACUUUUCUUCGCCAAUAUAUCCCGGAAACAUGCCAAAGUCAGAAAGCCCACGUUCCCCACAUUUUAAACACUGUCUGCCCAUGUUAUAUGUAAUCUUUUGCAGGAACUUAUGAAAUACAAAAAUUUAUUGCAUAUUCCAUUCUAACAUACCAAUUUGAAAGUUAAUUUUAUCGCCGUGUUUCAGGUGAUUGUUUUUGCUUAUUUUCAGCUUCUUCAAACACACCUCCGAAGAACACGCCUACAAGGAAACCGAAAG